CACGAUGUCACUUAUUCUUAUUGCAACGGGCUGCCUCGUCGAUGGCAAGCAGCAGCUCCGAUUGCCGAUGAUGUCUUUUCUUUCUUUCUUCUUCUUUUUCUUCUGUUCUCUUCCUCUCUUUUCUUUUUCUUCUUCCGUAGAUCUAGCCAUAAUACUAUUGUUUCCCUACUACUCUUUACCCGAUUCUCUAGACUGGUGGCUUACUCCGUACUCUGUUGUGGUCCCCCACAUUCGGUCAUAGGCAUCCGGUUUUCACAUUCAGCUGAGACACACUCGUGGUUGUUUCCCUCCACUUUUGUCGCUUUAUCAUUGGAUUUUCUUCCGUCUUCUGGACCAUCAGCAACGGCUUUCUCGUUUCCACAGUUCAAUGGCCCUCGAUAAUGCUGAUACCCCCAUGUCGGAUGCUACUCAAGAGCUUGCUCCCCCCGACAGUGUGAACAGUGUCCAUCCAGCCCGUCAGCCCCCAAGGCCUGUCCGAUAUGCAUCGACACCUUCUUUUGAGAGCCCGCAGAGGCAUUACCGUCGAAAUCCCAUCGUCAGGCGUCCAGUAAAGGAAACGCUCAAUGCCCGCUCUGAAUAUACCACCAGUCAAGACGAUGGCACCGCCGAGCAUAGGAUCAACCAAUAUGUUAUUAAACAGGAGAUCGGAAGAGGGUCCUUUGGUGCAGUGCAUCUGGGUGUCGAUCAGUUUGGAAAUGAAUAUGCCGUAAAGGAAUUCUCCAAAUCACGACUAAGAAAACGGGCACAGUCCCAUCUUCUGCGGAAACCCCGAGGUCCUAGACGCCCAGGAGUCGGGUUGAAUUCCCCUCUUCAUCGAAACCCCGGCGGAAAUGAGGAAGAACGGGUUGGCAAUGCGCUUUAUCUGAUCAAGGAAGAGAUAGCGAUCAUGAAGAAGUUGAACCACCAUAAUCUCGUAUCCCUUAUCGAGGUAUUAGACGAUCCAUCGGAGGAUUCGCUGUACAUGGUGAUGGAGAUGUGCAAAAAGGGCGUGGUCAUGAAAGUUGGGCUGGAAGAGAGAGCCGAUCCAUACGACGAUGAGCGCUGUCGCUGCUGGUUCCGGGACUUGAUCUUAGGUAUCGAGUAUCUACAUGCGCAGGGUAUCGUACAUCGAGAUAUCAAGCCGGACAACUGCCUCGUAACAAACGACGACGUCCUCAAGGUGGUCGAUUUCGGCGUUUCCGAGAUGUUUGAAAAGGACUCGAACAUGUUCACAGCGAAAUCGGCCGGAUCACCAGCGUUUCUUCCCCCGGAGUUGUGUGUCGUCAAACACGGAGACGUGUCUGGAAAGGCGACCGACAUAUGGUCCAUGGGAGUCACACUGUACUGCUUGCGGUACGGAAAGUUGCCAUUUGAGAAGCAAAGUAUCUUUGAACUUUAUGAUUCCAUCAGAAACGAUGAUUUGGUUUGUGAAGGAGAAACCGAUGAGGACUUUAAAAAUAUGAUCUUCCGAAUUCUGGAGAAAGAUCCAGAGAAAAGAAUCACAAUGAGUGAACUACGGGAGCACCCUUGGGUGACGAGAAAAGGUCUCGACCCUUUAUUGUCAGAGGAAGAAAACACAGCGCAGAUAGUUGACCCUCCAACUGAAGAAGAAAUGAACUCUGCCAUCACAAGGAAUAUGAACCACAUCAUCGCUGUGAUGAAAGCCGUGAGGAACUUCAAGAGGCUGCUCGGCCCUUCUAGGCCAGGAACACCAAUGCAAAGUAUCCUGGGUCAAGAACACGAGUCUUAUUUUGUUGAGCCUCCCAUGGAAAUGGAACCAGAAGAAAGCUUUGCAAUCGGCAAUAUCCCAAACGCCAACAAGAGUCAGAGCUUGAACACAUACAACAGAAAGGCCUGGGAACGCGAUGAUGUGAUUCGAGGAUUUCACCAACGACAUGAAGAACGAAACCAAAGCCAACUACCACUGGAAAGUAGCGACUCAACCAGCUCUCUUUCCAACAAAGACUCGAUCUUGGAUAGCAGCAAUAAGCCUAUUGCAAAUAUCCCGCCCGAAAGAAAAGACUCAGGUUCAAAACGCAACGCCAAGAUUCAGCAAGAUUCCGACGAUGUACAGUCCAACUCUACACCACAAUCGCCUUCAAUUCCACUGUCGCGAGCAGACUCUACCGCGACCAAGCGAAGCGUUGAAGGAACUCGUGGACAUGCACGGGAUCCUCUGGAGGAGGAAUUCCCCUAUCUCUUCAUCGGCCCAUCCACCUACACUGGUUCAUCAGGCAACGAUACAAGCGAUGCUGAACCGGGCAUGAUUCUAGAAGAGCCCGAGAGUCUGACGAAUGAAGAUUUGGAAAGUGGCUUAACAAUGGACCCUGCCCCCAUUGUCAGCGAGUCCCCAGGAGCCGCUGAAUUCGAUAUCUAUGAGACCGCGUAUCGAUUAGAAGUUGAGCGUAUCCGGGAUCGCGCUCCUCCUCGUCAAGGUACCAUGCACAAAUUCUAUCUGACUCGCAGGGUCGACGGAAGAGACGACAUGAAGAAAUUGGUCCAAGACGAAGCGCCCGCUCUAACCCUUGGCAUUGGAGAGAAGAAGCCUGUCCGUUCUGAUUUAGGAACCGCACUGAGCAUGUUAAGGGCCCAAAUGGACGAACAGCGCAAACAGGAGGCAUCAACUGGUCAGUCGCAGGAACAAACGUCUUCUUCCAUUCCCUCCGCCUCAACCCCGGAGCGAACCUCAACACCUGCUGAUCCGCAUUCGCCACCUGAGAAUCCCAAGGUUAAGUUGCGAUGCCUCCUUGAUCGAGUCAGAAGUAGCCGGGAUUCUUGAUAUUACACGAAGCAUAGAGAUACGGGAUUAUUGUUUUCAUAUCCAUGAGCGUGGUUGUUCUUCGUCUUAUUCUCCCAUCUGUUUUCACUCUCAACGGUAAUUUAGCGUCAGCACAUCCUUGACCACCAUGGAGUAUAUAUGCAUAUUUACAGUGAAUGUGGUCAUUUAAUAAAUAGAACUUGUAUGUAUUGUCUGAAAUAAAUUGUCUACCAAUUAUCAUACCCUGCCAGGUGAUUGGAUUUCAUGAUAUUAUUUGUCUAAACCACACUAUAC